AAUUAGCCUUAUAAGAAGCUAUCAAUUAUGUUAAACACCCUCCAUGACGUGAUGCUAAAAAGAUCAUGGAAUGAAAUCGCCAGCUGACCCUAAUAUUUAACAAUGAGGGUAACCAUUGUUUUAAUAUCUGGAUAUUUGGCCGCAUACACAUCCGGGUAUCUGAUAGAGCGAAGUGGCCCUGCUGUCGUGUUAACAUCGGCUCAACAGCUUCGAUGCGCACAGCCUGAAAAUCAAGGAUAUCUUCCAGGAAUAGAAUUUAAUGACGAUAGAGGGGGCGACUGUUGCUCAUUCGUCGUCUGCGACUCGGCGAAUUUAAACAAAACUGGUUUCCUCGGCAAAUGUAUGGGCGGAACAGUGUGGAAUCAGAUAGUUAUAUCGUGUGACGACCCAAAGCAAGUUAAGCCUAAAUGUGAACCGACUACGUGUAACAUCCCAGUACGGACAACGGAAGAUUGUCCAAGUCCAUUAGGAGGAGAGCAGUGCUGUGUUGGGGGAAGACAACCCAUAUAUACAAGGUUGUCCGAGACACGCUACCGUAUCGAUUCGAUAAGUCCUAACAAAUUCAACGAAUGUCCUCCAAACGAGGUGUUUGACAUCGAUUCGUGUUGCUGUGAAAGAGUAUAUGAGGAUCUCCCGGCGCCCUGUAAUGACCUGUCAUCUUUUUAUCACACCCUUCCGGAUGAACCAGGGCAGCCAAAUGACGCCAUGAGGACGUGUUGCUCGUUUGCAAGUUGCUUUCUGAACAGAACUGGUUACGCGUUGACACCUUGUAUGCCACCGAGUGUCUGGAAUGAUAGGGUCAAGUCAUGUGACAAUGUGUUUAACGUACCAGAAUGUAUGGGGAUAUUCUGUGGAGAUGAGACUACAGACCCUCCCUGUCCCGACGAAAAUGAUCUUCCACCGGAUACAUGUUGCAUCGCAGGACAAACCUAUAUGUACUUCUCUGCGGACUUGACAAUGUAUAUGAGGACAGAUGGACCUGGAGCGACAUUCAUGACGAUACAAUGCUGUCCAGAGGUUGAUGGUGUACAAUUAGAGUUUGACAGACAACAAUGUAUUUGUACAGAUCCCGUGACUGAUGCAAUACCAUAACAUAAAUCUGAUAUGCAUGUGCCAUUGAUCUAGGGCAUUAUGGCCAUCUUUUUAAGAAUACAUC